AUGUCGGUUACCAACGCAAGUCCCGGGAAUUUCGAUCACAUCCCUAUCAUCGACCUCUCGGCAUUAAGGAGUCCCGUGCUGAAGGAGCGCCAACAGCUGGCAAAGGAGAUCUUCACUGCCUGUACGCAGGUCGGAUUCUUCUACAUCAAGAAUCAUGGAAUAGCUGAGGACGUCAUCACUUCCCUCCACGACAUGGCGCGCCAGUUCUUCAGUCUGUCGCAGGAGUAA